ACUGCAUCAAAUUACAGUUGACAGGAUUGAGGUUAUGGAUAGGCAGCAGUAGUUGAGUUAUGUGACCGACGGGAGAGUUUGUUGGAAAAUAGAUUGGCAAGGAAAAAAUUUGACAUGGCAUACAGGUUACUGAACACAGGUCGCAAGUUAGAAAAGUUCUUGUGGCAGAAUUUCCGCGUACACAGCGUCGAGGCAGUUAAGAAGACGUCCGCCUUUAAAAAUGUCCUACAACAGUGCAAAUUGUUCUGUGAGAAACCGCCGAAAGGUUUCGAAAAGUAUUUCGAGAAAGGUGGACCGGUGAAGAAGGCGCCUGGGAAAGCAGAGCCAGCUAAAGAAGCAAAGGAAGCAAAACCUCCCAAAGAGGCAGCUGAUCCACAGCCAAGACCAAAUAUUGAUUCUGGGGCUAACAAGGGGGCCAAACAGUAUGAUAACUGGUCAUUUGGACUGUUUGGUGGAACUGGAAGUAGAGGAAGCGGUGGCAAACCAUUUGGAGAUGGAGAGAAAGACAGAUAUUAUAUAAUAGGAGCUGUUGGUGCAAUUGCUUUCCUGGCAACAUUAGCAUUCUGGGAAAUGGGUUACAAAGAAAUUGGAUGGAAAGAAUUUGUACAUACUUAUUUAAGCAGAGGCAUUGUUGAGAAAUUAGAGGUUGUAAAUAAGAAAUGGGUACGCGUAAAGUUGACACCAGGGAAUGCAGUUGAUGCAAAUAAUGUUCUGUGGUUUAACAUUGGUAGUGUAGACUCAUUUGAAAGGAACUUGGAGAACGCCCAAAUCGAAAUGAGUAUAGAGCCGCCGAAUUUCGUGCCUGUGAUCUACAAAUCAGAACUAGAAGCCUCCAGCCUAUCAGGACUAUUACCGACAAUAUUAAUAAUCGGUUUUGUUCUAUAUAUGAUGCGUCGCUCCGCUGAGAUGAUGGGCGGAAGGAGAGGAAAGCGCGGCGGUGGUCUUUUCGGCGGUGUCAUGGAAAGUACAGCCAAAUUAAUCAAUUCAAGUGAUAUUGGAGUUAGGUUUAAGGACGUAGCCGGUUGCGAGGAAGCAAAAAUUGAGAUCAUGGAGUUUGUUAAUUUCUUGAAAAAUCCUCAACAAUAUAUCGAUUUAGGAGCUAAAAUUCCGAAAGGAGCUAUGUUGACAGGUCCUCCUGGUACUGGUAAAACUUUACUUGCGAAAGCUACUGCCGGUGAGGCCAAUGUGCCGUUCAUCACAGUAUCCGGUUCAGAGUUUUUGGAAAUGUUUGUUGGUGUCGGUCCUUCAAGAGUUAGAGAUUUGUUCUCGAUGGCUCGAAAGCACGCUCCGUGUAUUUUGUUCAUUGACGAAAUCGAUGCUGUUGGUAGGAAAAGGGGAGGCAGGAGUUUCGGCGGACAUUCUGAACAGGAGAACACCUUGAAUCAACUGCUGGUUGAGAUGGAUGGUUUUAAUACUACUACCAAUGUCGUGGUGCUGGCAGCCACAAAUCGCGUGGAUAUUCUCGACAAAGCCUUGUUGCGUCCUGGCCGUUUCGAUAGGCAGAUCUUCGUUCCGGCUCCGGACAUCAAAGGCCGCGCCAGUAUUUUCAAAGUCCAUCUGGGACCACUUAAAGCUAAUUUGAAUAAGGACGAACUUGCUAGGAAAAUGGCUGCCCUGACUCCAGGCUUCACCGGAGCGGACAUCGCUAAUGUCUGCAACGAAGCGGCUCUGAUCGCUGCAAGAGAUUUGAACGAGUCCAUUGUCAUGAAACAUUUUGAACAGGCCAUCGAGCGUGUCGUUGCUGGUAUGGAAAAGAAAACAAAUGUAUUGUCGCCCGAGGAAAAGAAGACGGUGGCUUACCAUGAAGCCGGACACGCAGUAGCCGGUUGGUUCUUGGAGCACGCCGAUCCACUGCUUAAAGUGUCCAUCAUCCCCAGGGGAAAAGGAUUAGGAUACGCACAAUAUUUACCAAAGGAUCAAUACUUGUACACCAAAGAACAGCUGUUCGAUAGGAUGUGCAUGACCUUAGGCGGUCGCGUCUCCGAGGAGUUGUUCUUCGGUAGAAUUACCACAGGCGCGCAGGACGAUCUCAAGAAGGUGACACAAAGUGCGUACGCUCAGGUCGUUCAUUACGGUAUGAACGAGAAGGUUGGAAACGUCAGUUUUGAUAUGCCAAAGGAUGGAGAAAUGAUGCUCGAAAAGCCAUACUCUGAAUCGACUGCUCAGAUAAUCGACUCGGAGGUCAGGAUUUUAAUUGAUGGUGCCCACAAACACACAACUAAUCUGCUCAACAAACACAAGGUUGACGUAGAAAAGGUGGCUGAGAGGCUGCUGAAGCAAGAGAUCAUCAGCAGAGAAGACAUGAUUGAAAUAUUGGGAAAGAGGCCGUUCGUUGAGAAAUCCACGUACGAAGACUUCGUAGAGGGCACUGGUUCUCUCGAAGAAGAUACCACCUUACCUGAGGGAUUGAAAGAAUGGAAUAAGGAGAGGAAUAAGCCCAGCAAUAAGGAAGCGCCGAAAGAUAGUGUUCCAGAUUUAUAAAUACAAAAUAAAGCGAGCGUGAAAACGAUACGAAUAAAUUCUGUUUGUAAUAAUACUUUUCUUUCUUGUGUACGAGAUAAUAGUUAUAUUUUUUUGUUAAUAUUAAGUAGUAAAUAAUAAUAAAAAAUAUUAACGUCGUUUAUAUUUUUUAACUAGAUUCGCAAGAAUUCGUGCGGUUUCUUUUCCGCACCAAAAAUGUUCAUCACAUAUAUUAUUAGGCACAUUAUUGUUUCUAGACUGUAUUAUAUCGUUGAUAUACAUAUUUGAAA